CAACAGAGACAGUUUGCGUGAGUAUUACGCAAUAGACUGUCAGUGUUAAGUCAUGAAGCUCGAUGUUUGCAAUUCUAGAAGAACGCGCGCUAAAGGUGUCACAAAAACUAUGUAGUAGAUUAAAUCAACUCUAGUCUAGACCUUGCGCAAUGAUUUCACUUUCAACUACGUUCCAAAUAAAACCUCAGCACGGAAGCACACUACGAGCUCGGUUUCAGACGUCAUUCGUUGAUAUCUCUCGCGCAACAAUGGCGUCCGGUGAUGUCAGUCGACAGGGAGGAUUCCACCGCACAACAGUCGGCGAGACGGUUUUCGAAAUCCCUCAUCGAUACCAGUACCUGAAAGCAAUCGGUAGCGGAGCGCAGGGCGUCGUCGUGUCGGCACUCGACACUCAGAUAGGCCAGCGUGUAGCAAUCAAGAAAAUGGCCAAACCUUUCCAGAACGUGACGCACGCGAAACGCGCCUACCGCGAACUGGUGCUCAUGAAGUCGUUCAAUCAUAAGAACAUCGUCGGCUUGCUCAACGCGUUCACUCCCGACAAGGAUUUGUCGAAUUUCUCCGACAUCUACAUUGUCAUGGAACUGAUGGAUGCGAAUCUGUCGCGCGUCGUGCACAUCGAUUUGGACCACGAGAGGUUGAGUUUUCUGCUCUAUCAGAUGGUGUGUGGCAUAAAGCAUAUGCACGCCGCGAAUAUCAUUCAUCGGGAUUUGAAGCCGAGCAACAUUGUUGUCAAAGAGGAUUGCUCCCUAAAAAUUCUCGAUUUUGGAUUGGCAAGGGCUGCCGACGGGGGAUUCAUGAUGACCCCGUAUGUGGUCACGCGGUAUUACAGAGCGCCAGAGGUAAUCUUGGGCAUGCGCUAUACGGAGAAUGUCGAUGUAUGGGCUAUCGGGUGUAUAUUUGCCGAGCUUGUUCGAGGACAGAUUCUCUUCCCGGGAACCGAUCAUAUCGAUCAAUGGACGAAGGUGAUUGAUUUAUUAGGGACACCUUCACGACCAUUUUUACAAAAGCUGCAGCCGAAUGUUAGACUAUACGUUGAGCAACUACCAUAUAAACGAGGUUACUCGUUUGAGGAAUUGUUUCCCGACGAGCUUUUUCCGAACAGCACACGAGAAGACAAGGAUCGGACUCAACUUGCUCGGCAUUUGCUGACUAGGAUGCUGAUGGUCGAUCCGACAAAGAGGAUCACGGUCGACGAAUGUCUUAAACAUCCCUAUAUCCAUCAGUGGUACGAUGCAUCGGAAGUCGAGGCUCCACCGCCUCUACGUUACGAUCACUCGGUCGAAGAGACCGACCAUCCUGUCGACGAGUGGAAGGCGCUACUAUACAGAGAGGUCAUCAACUGCAAGGAACGGGACCGACCUGCUGUUAGCAAGCCAUGUGAGGGACGUGUUACCAUGUGGCUUUGGCAUCAACUUACUGCUACAUCAAUAAGAAACUUGAGUGUAACUGUCGGAUUUUUACUGUUAAUGUGUUACAUGCUGUUGCUCUUACAUUGGAUGCUUGUAACAUUUGAUCUAGUAUCUUGUGCGAUUGUUGUGGAUGCAAAAGCACGUGCGCGUGUCAUUUUGUGCGUCGCUUGUUGUGCUCGGAAACGGCGGCGUCGACCGAAAAAUAGAGAAGCGACACGUACAAACAUGGCGGAGGUUGAUGUUGACAGUGCGUCGAAAGCAGACGACACAGUCGAAGGCAAGUCGUUUGAGGGCAACCAAUCGGAGACUGCAACUCCUAGACAGCGAGUUGGGUCCAAGUCAAUGAAGGAUUUGGCAGCCAAACUCGAUCUAAAACGCUCCCUAGGCAUCCGAAGUUCUCUAGAGGGUGCAGGUCCGGAGCUGGCUUUGUCGUUUCUGCAAAGAGGAAGUAGCAAUUUGACGGCUCUGAAAGCUCGACUGGCAUCUUGUUCGGACGAGUGGAUGUCUGGAUUUCUGGAUAUUAACGGAUUGGAGCUUCUGUUUGAUCAUCUGGUGAAAUUGGGAUCGAAGGGGUUUAUGAAGUUUGCUGAUGCUGUUGACCAGCUUUCUUGCGUGGGCUGCAUCAGAGCAGUUAUGAACUCGAGCAUUGGUCUGGAGUAUCUCAUUGACAGUCCAAGUCAUACAUAUGUGAGGACCUUGGCAGAAGCUGUUGACACAAAGAAUACAAUGGUGAAGAUGCAAGUGUUUGACCUGCUUUCUGCUAUAACUGUUUACUCUGAACUUGGAUACACUCUUGCUGUAGAUGCUCUAAAAAGUUACAGAAAAACAAAAGGCCAAUCGUAUCGCUUCAGCCUACUAGUAAAUGAGUUAAGAAAUGCAGAGAUGGAAACGUAUUCUCUUUCUGUGUUGUCUCUCAUCAAUUGUCUAGUCAGUGCUGCCCCAAGUAUAGAAGAUCGCAUUCGAGUCAGAAACGAGUUCAUUGGUCUGAAGCUGCUUGAUGUGCUAACUCAGUUGAGGCAUUCGGAAGAUGAUGAUUUAAAUACACAGAUUGACUUGUUUGAUGAGAUCAAGCAACAAGACGAUGAAAUGAUGUCAUCUGGUGGGAUUGACCUCAACAAUCAUCUCGACAUGUUCAGUGCUAUAUUCUGUAAAGUGAGUGACACACCAAGGGCAAUGAAUUUCUUGAGCAUUCUUCAGCAUCUCUAUCUGAUUGAUAAAGAUGGUGCUUCUGGAAAUAUAAUAUGGGAGGCAGUGGAGAAGAUUGUUCGUCGGGCCACAGUUCUGGCCUCCAGUGAAGAGAAGGCAGAGCAAGUAGUAAACAGUGGUUUAUCACAGCUCCUAGUCGCUAUUCAACGUGAUGUGUCUAAAGUGGUUGAGGAGACGGCAGAUGAACAGGUGGUUGGAGAUGACGGUGACGAUGAUGACGAUGACAGUGAUGAUGAUUUUGUGACACCAAUUUCGUCUCCUGUCCAUACCCCAAAGCUUCAGAGGAGCACGGUCUCAGUUGCACAAGUUGAACAGCCAACUUUACAAACUGAUCUCUCAUUGGAUGAAGAUGCCAACACUUCAACGGCUAGUAUUCCUUUGGUGCAGUCUAUAGCCUUACAACCUUCAGGUGGUGUUGGGCAAGCGAGUGCUUCUUUACCUCCAUCUUUGCCACCUCCACCACCUCUACUGCCUCCUGGACAGUCAGGAGUUCCUCCUUCUCCUCCUCUGCCAUCUCCAGCUCUACUUUCACCUUUUUCUGGGCAGCCAGAUAUACCACCACCUCCAUCUCUUCCUGGACAGCCAGGAAUCCCUCCGCCUCCUCCUCUUCCCGGACAGCCAGGGAUUCCUCUGCCUCCACCUUUUCCUGGACAGCCAGGUGUUCCACCACCUCCGUUUUUUCCUGGACAGCCAGGAGUCCCUCCUCCUCCACCUCUUUUUGGUCAAGCCGUUGCUGGACAUCCAAGACCACCUGGUGGGCCUCCACCACCACCUCCCAUGUUUGGUGCUAUGGCUGGACCAGCUGUUGCAGUUGAUGCACCCUUGCAACGCAAGCCUUCUAAGAAAAUGAAGAAGUUCAAUUGGAGCAAGUUACCUGUCAAUCGAAUUCAGAGUCCAACCGGGCAGACUGUUUGGAAUCGUGUACACCAAGUCCAAGCCCAGAAACCUCGUGGAACGAGGCUAGACCACGAACUAGUAGAGACGCUAUUCUCUCAGCCACAGAUUGAAAAGAAGGAAAAGCAAAAGGAGAAAAAAAAGGACACCGGAGUGGUUGAUCUCUUAGAUCAAAAAACGAGUUUAAAUGUGAACAUCUUUCUGAAGCAGUUCAAACGGGUCUCCAUUGAAGAUGUAGUGGAGCUGAUCAAGAAAGGCGACAUCAAACAGCUGGAUAUUGAUCAGUGUAAAGUAUUAAGUACACUGCUUCCUGAUCUCGAUGAUAUGCAGUCACUACUAGCUUAUAAAGGAGAUUUUAAAAGGCUUGGAGUUGCUGAGCGGUUCUUUAUGUAUUUGUGGAAAUUAGAAAGUUUCAGGUUGAGAGUUGAGUGUAUGAAGUUCCAACACGAAUUUGCUCAGGGUUAUGACCAUCUGUAUCCAGCACUGUCUUUGCUGAAAGCUGCUGCUAAAGAAAUUGAGGAUAGCGAAGAUCUGUAUGAGAUUCUGAGUAUUGUGCUGGAUACAGGAAACUUUAUCAACAUGGGCGGCUAUGCUGGUAAUGCUGCUGGAUUUAAGUUGGACUCACUGAUCAAGAUGGAUGACACUAGAGCUAACAAACCACGAAUGACACUUACUCAUUAUAUUGUUCAGGUGGCUGAAAAAGAUUGUCCUUAUGUCUUGGAUAUCGACCAAAGGAUGCCUCAUUUGGAGAAAGCUGCUAGGUUGUCAUUAGACACAUUACAAAGUGAUCUUCAUGAAUUAAAGACAGGUCUGUCUAAGAACGACAAAUCUUUACAGCAGGCUGCUGAAGAUCUGAAAGAGCAGAUGCUGGUGUUUAUCGAGACAUCAAAAAGCCAACUUCAAAGCUUGGAGAAAGUGAUGGAGGAAGUGGACACGUUGAGUAAAAGGCUGGCUGUCUUCUUUUGCGAAGACCCAAGCUCAUUCAAACUGGAGACCUUUCUUCAACUAAUUAGCACGUUUGUCAAUCGUAUAAAGGCUGCAAGGCAGGAGAACAUACAACGAAAGUUAAGAGAAGAGCGUGAAGAGAAACGCCGUCUACAGAAAGAAGAAGAUGAAAAGAAAAAGAAAGCAAAACGGGACGGAGCAAAGGCACUGGGACAACCACCAGAGGAUCUGUCUUCAGGCUGUGUGGAUCGUCUUUUGUCAGACAUACGUGGAGGCAAUAAGCUUAGAAAGCAAGCAUCAGAAGCAGCAUCUGUGGAGUUUUCUCAAUCGAAAAGAAGCAGUUGGGCUCCACUACAAGCACUAAGUAAAACUUUGCUCGAUGGAUUGGCUUUGGCUAAACGAAGGGCAACAAUAGCUGAGACGUCUUCAAAAGCGACAAUGAAAGGGUCUGAUCAUGCUGAUAGUGAUGUGUUGUUGGAAACCUAAUGGCCAGUCACAAUGAUGGUCUAACAGUUGGUGAUCGACACAAUAGGUCAAACAGCUUUGAAUGAAAAAAUGGUUUCUGUGUAAAUUUUAAAGGAUUUUGAUUGUAUAUUGAUCAAGUUGGAAUUGUUUUUCAUUUUGUGAUGGUACAGUUUUCUCUUCUACUUUGUA